ACAAGUAGUAGAGAGUUUCUCUGCUGGGAGCAGCACUGUCGCGGAGGUGUUGCCAACCGCGCAGCCGUCACUGUCCAACUCGAUUACAUAACAGCGGCUUAGCUCGAUCGCUCCAAGAAUGUUGUAGUGGUGAAAGUGUAUUCGUAUUCCGGCCACAGCUGUUAGCCAGUCGGUGCUGUAUUGUCAUUGAUGUCCCUAGAUUGCUGCGGUGGUGCGGUGUCAGUCCACGACAGUUUCGCCGACAUAUUUCGCUCAGUUGUCCGACAAUUUCCCGACUCCACUUUUGUUAUCAUAUUGAUCACAGUGAUGACAUCUGUUAUCUACUUCGGCCUGAUCGGAACCCCAAGGAUCGCUUGUGCCAGAGGCGGGAACACCGUUCAAACCUUCCAGAGCCACCGUGAAGAAUAAGAUAUCACUGCUUUUACGAUAGUGUACUCUUGGUAUGCCAGAAACUGACACAAUGGUAGCGCCAUCACGGGGAGAGGAAGUGGUGUGGGACAAGCAGUUGACGAACGGUGGAGGUGCGCUCCUGGGAGACCACAAUGGCGCCGCCAUCGUUGAGACACCGCGCAGAAGUGGAGGAGAGCGAACAGGGGAUGACCUCCAGUGCGGGCUGGGGGUGUGCACCCCGAGUUGGCUGCAAGUCUUCGCCUCCAAACAGGCCUUCUUGGUCACUUUCUGUAUCACAUGGGUGCUGCAAGGCAUGUACUACACGUACUUCGUCAGCGUCAUCACCACCAUAGAGAAGCUGUUCCAACUGCAGAGCAAAACGACAGGAGUCAUCAUGAGCGCCACAGAAAUCGGCCAGAUAGGGUCAUCCCUGCUGCUGACCUACUACGGUGGGCAGGGUCAUAGGCCCAAGUGGAUAGCCUGUGGGAUGGUGCUCUUCGCCGUGGCUUCCUUCACGUGCUCCCUGCCGCACUUCAUCUUCGGCCAACAGAUGAUGCAGAGCAGGGAGACCAUGUUCGCCAACCUCGCGCCGUCCCACAACUCCAGCGUGGUGCAGCCCAACGUCUGCCACGCCGCGGACGUCACGGGCCUCUCCAACAUGUCGGUCUACGACCUCGACGAGUGCCAGGAAGAAGCUCUCCAGGAGCAGCAUUCUCAGACACAAACGACCAAGAAAGUGUUGGUGAUAUUUUUCGUGAGUCUGUUGGGCGUGGGGAUGGGACAGACCGCGGUGUACACGCUGGGGAUACCCUACAUCGACGACAAUGUCGCGAGUAGGGAAUCGCCUCUUUACUUCGCGAUCACCAUCGGUGUCCGGAUCUUAGGGCCUGCCUUAGGGUUCAUACUCGGGUCAUUGUGUACUUUACUGUACGUGGACUUGUCGGUGGACCCCGGAAUCACGCCCAAGGACCCCAGAUGGGUCGGGGCCUGGUGGUUAGGGCUGGUCUGCAUCUCGGCACUACUCAUGCUCGCUUCCCUCGCGAUGUUCGCGUUCCCCAAAAGACUGAGUACCUGUAGAGUCGUGGCUCCUUCCGUGAAGAAGCGCGAACGCAAGAACCCCAGCCUGAAGGACUUCCCGAAGGCUAUCAAGAGGCUGCUGAAGAACGACAUCCUGAUGUUCCGUACGGCCAGUAGUGUCCUGCACAUCCUCCCCAUCGCAGGACUCUACACCUUCCUUCCAAAGUACCUGGAGUCUCAGUUCCGACAGACGGCCCACACGGCUAACAUGGUGUCUGGUAUCGGAGGUAUACUAGUGAUGGGUUUGGGUAUCAUCAUGUCAGGGGUGUUUAUCCUGAGGGUGAAGCCCAACGCCAGGUUUGUCGCCGCCUGGAUAGCAUUCACCGCCGUAGUCUACGCCAUCGGAAUGGGCAUCUUGAUGACAAUAGGAUGUCCUAUGGACGAUUUUGCAGGCAUCAAGAUAGGAGAAGGGGUGAACCUGGCAACAUUCGAGUCACCUUGCAAGUUGGACUGUAACUGCAACAUGACCAAGUUCAACCCUGUCUGUGGAGCCGACAAGUUGACCUACUACUCGCCCUGCCAUGCAGGUUGCCACAACUUCACCCUCACUAAGGAUUCUUUUAUUGUAGAUCAGUUCACAGACUGCUCGUGUAUGACAUCGGAGGACCAAACGACAGAACGCAUCGGCGUUUGCGAGAGUCAGUGUAACAACUUCGUGUGGUACAUCAUCCUGUUCUCCAUGUUUGUGUUCGUACACUCCACCUCGGAGGUGGGCAGCAUGUUGUUGAUCCUGCGCUGUGUGGAUCCACGCGACAAGGCCAUGGCCCUCGGCCUCAUCCAGUUCGCUAUAGGCCUCUUCGGGAACGUCCCGUGUCCGAUAGUGUAUGGUGCCAUCGUAGACUCGGCAUGUCUGCUGUGGGAUACAGUCUGCGGCAAGCAAGGAGCCUGUCGCCUCUACGAUACCAAGAUGUUCCGCCUCUUCUUCCACGGAACAACUGGGGCGAUCAUGUUGUGUGCGUUCUUCGUAGAUAUCAUCGUGUGGUACAAGGCUGGCAGCAUCAACUUUGUUGAUGAGCAGACGACAGCUCAGGACGAAGAGCUCAACCCGAUGACGGGAAAAUCACGCUCGGAGACUAGUGUUUGAUAAUAGUGACAAGUCCCUAGGGACGCAACGUUACCAGAGUCAGGCAGUGUCCACUACCUCAGUGAUGCCAACCUUACACCCACGCACAAGCAUCACUCCAGAUAGUUCCUCCACUGUCCCUCUAGAAAGUCUAUUUUUGUAAAUAUGUGCUUAUGUAAGCUUUAGGUUAGUUCAGUGCAAAACUAGACUGUAGUUAAUUUCAUCACUGGUUAACUAACGAUGCAUCACAUAAUUAAGACAAGAUUGUACUCUUAGGUUAUAACUUGAAAAUGCUCCAGUUAAGUUAUUAAUCAUUAGGUUCUAAAAAUACGUUUUUGGUCAAAACUUAGUAACACUACGGAAUAACACCAUCGCUCUGAAUUAAUCUUUGGGUUAUUCAAAUAUGGUCCACGGAAAUCUAGCCACGCUGAGUCUGGCUGUUUUAUGACAAAUGCUACAAAAAAAAUGGUAUCAGACCUAUUUAAUUAAUUGGACCUAAUGUUUCCCAUUAAUGGAUGUAGAGCGAUCGUUAUAACACAGAAAAUAUAGAGCACAGAAGUACCAAUAGAACGAUAUUCACAGUUGAAUCCAACUGCCAGACCUAGUAUUACCAUUGGUGGCACAUAGCGCAAAUUCUGUUAGUUAUAAACCUCAGAAAGGAUCAGGGGUGUUUAUCUUUGGUUUGUAAAAUCCACAAUCAAUUUCUUGUCACAAGUGUAAACACUGUUGUAAUUAUCUAUUGUGUUUGGAUUAUUUUAAUUUUCUAAAGGUACAGUUUUAAUUAAUUGAGGUGAUUAUGAUUGAUUUGAGAAUGGAUAUGAUGUGCUGUAUGUUUGUUUCAUUGUAAAAAUCAGUGGCGUUUUUGUUACUCCAGUAUUUUUAUAGUUCUCCGACUUAUUAACGUGUGUUACUAAGAGUUGACCGUAAUGUUAUAUUUAGUUGUAUAGUUACUUACAUUGUGUUCAUGUAAUCUUUAUUACUAUAGUGUCCAACUGCUAUGUAUGAUAUUUUUUAUUUAUAACGAUUUCAAUUCUCAUUUGAACUGUGCACUGCCGCGUGAUACGUACCACACGUAGAAGUUUACGUUCCGAAAUACCUCUUUGUCCGUCACACUGCCAGAAGUCUCAGGGAUCUGAUUUUACAGACUGACGAGAGAUAUCUACCAUUGAUUUCUAGUAACAUACAGAAUCGAAUGCUGACUAUGCUUGAGCUUUGAUAGGAAGUGUGUGCUUCUUGUACCUUUCCACAAUUUGUAACUGUCGUAAAUCGUAUUUGUGUAUUGUAAAAUAUACAGAGGGACAUAUAAAAAAUUCAGUUUAAAUUUCUCGUUACUAAAAGUACUAAUUUCAAAGCUACAAUUACAACCAAAAUAUAUCUAAAAUAAUUAAAACCAAAUUAGUGGUGUUUAAACAAAAAUUAAAAACAGCGUUUUUGAGGCUACAAAGUUUUUUACUGCUUAAAAAUUGCAUAUUUUUAUUGCAUAGUUUAAUUUUUAACAUAUUUUACCUAACGUUUAUGUAUAAUGAAGUUUAUGUUAAAUAGUCUAUUAUUUUAUAUUACAAAGGGUUGAACUUAAGUUUUUAUUUUAGUUAUCAAUUAAAUGUUUUUUCUACCCAUAAUAAUGUGUCUAAAUAUUGAUGCUAUGCGUGACUAUAUUAAGUGUUUGAGUAUAACCUGUAGAUUGUCUCUGUAACUUUAGACUUUUAUGUUCCAAUUGUGAUGCUUCCAACACCUAUGUGCCAAACACAUACACAAUAUUAUGGGGUUGUUGUUAUCAUGACGAUAAAAGUCCAAUUUCAUAUGACUGUUAAACAAGAUAACACCUUCUCAACUCUCCUUUUAUAUCAAAUAAAGAAGUCUUAAAGAAGUAUUGAGUGGUUUUGAACCAACUUUCAUAGCUCAUGGAUGUCAGCAUCUUUUAAACCUUCUUUUUCCUAAAGAAAGGGUUAGUCAAAAUAAUUAAUCAUUAUCUGUUUGAAAUAAUAUUUGUAGUGUUUACGUUCCCGACUUGAGAAGGGAUUUUAAUAACUUACCUGGAGCAUUUUUAACUGAUUAAGUUUUUAAUUAUUAAGCUAAAAAAAGCUCUAAAGAAGCAUCACAAACUCAACAACCUAUUGUUUAAGGAAAUUCUCAGUACAAAUUUUAUAUGGCAUGAAAUAGUAUUAAGUAAUUGAUUUUUACAUAUAAGUUGUUUUUACAACAAUUUUACAGUUUUACAGCUCUGAGACAUUUAGAUUCAAACUGACGAGUUUGAUUAGCACUUUGAAUGUUGGCUCUUCACAUGGACCAUUGGCAGUUUUUUUUACUACUCGGAAAAUAUACUUAACAAUGAGACAUUUCCAAAUAAUUUUACUGAACUUCGCAAUUAAUUUUUCAACUUUACGUUGGUUGAGCUGAUAAAUAAACAACAUGUUUUUAACAACAAGUGUUUUAACACUUUGCGCAUUUUUAUAUGAUGAAUUGUGUAACAAAUGCCUUUAUUGAUGCUUCAAAUUGAGCAGAACUAUUCAGGUAAGAUCAUUGAAAAUAUCGCCAAUAUUCUAGAAUUUCAUUACAUUUUAAAAACGAUCCUCAAUCAAAGUGUUAAUAAGAGUUUUAUUUUAAUUUGCAAUAUUGAUGUUUGCAAGUUUCAAGUAUUUUGUAAUGUCCGAUAAUUGCAUGUACAAUUUUUAAUGCUGUAUACUUUUAUUUAUCUCAGAAUAGAUUAAAUCAUAUAGUGUACCUACUGUUAAUAGGUAAUAAUUAUCUUUAACAAUAUUAUUUGUUUUGCUACCUGCAUGCUCAUGGAAACAGGAUAAUAAUUUAAUUACAGUAGAAAUCUACUUACGUUAUCUGGCUUCUAUUUAAUGUAAUCAGAAUGUAAACAGGCCAUUAGUAAACAAGAACUUGUAAGAUAGACGAAGUUCUAUUACCGUAAUUUUUACAUUGUAAAUGUACAUCUAAAACUUACAAUUUAACAACUAAAACACACUAUCUGGAUAAAUUUUAAACACCAAAGUUUGUCUUCGUUAAACAGUCAUUUCUGUGCUAAUGCAAAGGAUUUUAGUACCAAAUGCUUAUACAAAAUUAUCAAAACGGUAAAUCGAUCCUGAUAGGUUUUGUAUCUUGAUUUGUAACCAUAAAAGACUGAAUCAAAAUAGAAAUAACAAUGUUAUAUAGAACUUAACAAGGCCAAAAAUACGGGAAUCGAAAGAAUGGCUUUCUUUUGAAUUCAUCUUAAAGUGAGACAACUCGAGUGCUUGUUUUUCAAACAAGUUAAGAAAUCUAAAUAUUAAGUCAGGUAAUUACGUAGAUAUCUUCUGCAAUUUUAACUGAAAUUUAGCCUAAUCAGAAAAUCUAUGUAUGUGUAAACUGUAGAAUCGUAUCAUGUGUGUUAAUACUGAGCCUAUCUUUAGAUUUUUCUAUCUUGUACAUAAAGUUUUCUAUGAAUGUUGAUUAGAUAACUUUGGACAACUUUUAUGUGUUUUGUACUAGUGUCGAAGGCCUAACAGAGUUUUAGUUACUUUACAAAUGGACAAGAUAAGGCCGGAUAAACACAAAACAGGCACUUUUGAAGUUGACGUAAAUGAUAACAAACAGAGCAGACAGCAUUAAAAGCAUUUCUCGUCCAGUUGAUAGAAUUGUUAUUAGAGUUGUUGGUAGUUUAUGUGCCUUGACGUUUACAAAUUUCUUCAUAACGCACAGAGAUAAAUUUGUAGUAAACGGUUAGGGAAAAUACGAAAAAACCAUAAAGUAGGCCUACGCUGGAUUAGGCUAGACUAUGAUCAACAUGAAUAGAACAUUGAUAAAUCAGUUAAUCCUGCGUUAGGUGUGCACGUUCUGUAAGUCACUUAUAUUUUUAUUGGUAGCCUGAACUCUCGUUUAAGCUGUGUUUUAUAACUCCUCCUCCGUCCGGAAAUCGGGUAAUAAUAUUGUUUGUUGCGACUUAGGUUUUCUUCACUGGUCUGUUCUCCUGUCAAUCAAAAUACUACCAUGUUUACUUAAAACUUUGUCUAUUAAAACAUUUAGUUUGAAUAUCCACUUAUUAAAUGUUCUUCAAUUAAUUGGCAGCUUGUUAAUAGCGAAAACUGAAUAAGUUUUUUUAUCAUAGUAUGCAAACAUUUUGUCUGAAAUUGGAAUUGUAAGAUUUGUAACAUAGCCGUUAUAUAUUUCUCACAAAACGUACUGCAGUAGUGGUUUAGCCUUUUUCUACUUCUGGUGUGUUACGAGAACUCUUAAGCAGAGUACCUACCAAAUUAUACGAGAUCCUGAGAAUUUACAACAGAAACAGACUCCAAUUUUUUAGUUCUCUCUAAACUAAUCUAAAUAAUACAUUUACUGUAAAAAAUGUACAUUUUCUACAAAUUGACGUUGUAUUUGAAAUUGAUGAUUUCUACUGAAAUACCCCGAAUACACCAGUUAGAGCAGAAUAUUGUGCUACUGUAUGAAUGAAAACGUGCAUUACAACGUCCUGGGAAUCUUGUAAUGAAAAGAAGACAUUACAAAAUAUGAUGUCUUUAACGAUACUCGUAGGCCUAAUUAGAGUGUAUAAUCUUAAAUAAGCAGUAUCAGGUGUGAUUCAAGCAUCUCCUAGACUUCAAAAUAUUCUUUUUUUAUUCAAUUAGUGCACAAUAAAAUGUAUAGAAAUAGUGUCAGACAAAUAGUUGAAAUCUAACCUACUUUGUGCUGUUACUCAUGUCACAAAUAGAGUGCAACUAAUGCAAUGUUUAACGCAGUCGUAUUAGUUUAUUAAUUGAAGAUAAACACGAUUUUGCUGUUCGCUUGUCAACACAGUGUGUGUUGCUUCUUCAGAAUGUAACUCUGGCGUUCGAGAAUCUCAAUAUGUAAUAAAAGUGCAACAAGUAUAUUCUAAUGAGUAAAAACCAUACUACAUCAUAUAUAAUGUAGUUUGUUGAAGCCGAACGGCCGACUGUUGUACCAGUAGCCUAAGUGUAGAUAAGGAUUAGGGUUAGUCGACAUUUAAAAGUUUAUAUUCACCUUAUUAUCAUUCGUCGCAUAAGUAGUUAGUAAAGAGAUGUAAAAUAUAAGCAUUAUGUAAAUAUGUAGAGUUCCCUGAGAAUCUAAGGAUAGAUCUACAUCACAACGAUGUAACGAUACGUGAUGUCGCCUCUACGAAGAAUACUCGGGCUGUGUCCAUUUUGAUGUAAGUUAAUUUUAUAUAUUUGUUAUAUAUUAUGUACUUUUUGAGGUUUGAGAUCAUUUGUGUUAAAUAGUGUGUGCUGUUGAACUUUUGUUUAUUUUUAUCGCAAGAAUUUUAUUUACAAACGUUGUAGUUCAUAUUAUUUCACGUUAUUGUUGAACUCGUUUCCAGUUCUAGUUAAGCUUAAGAGAUGUAUGGAUUCCUCAUCCUUCGUGAUGGCUCUAAUAGACGUAAUGCGUAAAGCUGAUAAAAAAAUAUAUUUAUAAUUGAUUUAACAAAUUACGUUAGAUUCAUAAAGCAUGAAGUAGCUUUCCCUCCCUUCGUACAUAUUAAUUAGUUAAAUACGUUGAUGUAUAUAGAUGUAACAUUUUGAAGUUUAUUAUGUUUCUUAGUAAUGUAUAGUCUACUAAAAAUUAGUUAAAAAUAAUAAAUUUUGUUAAGCUAAAUUGUAAUGAAAUACAGUACCGUAUUAUAGCUGAAGUACUUGAUAUAUACUGUUUGUAAGAUGGUUUGUAACCCGAGGCUAGAGUUGGAAUUAUUAUUUAUGAUUCCUAAUGAGAUAAUUAAUUAAUAGUUAUUGGGCAUUUAAUUCCGACAAGGUUCUAUUGUUAUGCCUCAUUUCUAUUGCUCAUUACCAGUAUAUUCAUAUAAUUGUUCCAUCACCUGUAUUUCAGUGCAGACCCUGUAUACAAUAUUCUACUUUUAAAGUAACAAUAGAAUAAUAGAAUAAUAAGUUUAUUAUAAACAAAUUACAUAUUCUAGUCUGAGUAAAAUAAUGUAAUGUACAAUCAAAUUUACAAACACAUUAAUUAACAAAUGUCUAACAAAAUAUCAGGAUAUAAACUAGGAAAUACUCGAGCUUUUAUUCUCAAUGUAUAUUUAUUUAGUGUAAUCACGAGGGAAAAAAGUAUGUUUUUAGGGUACAAUAUAAAUCAGUAUAGGUUGUUCGUUAGAUGAAAAGUUACCACAUUUUGUGUUCAUAAAUGCUUUAAAAUAGAUUUAUGUGAACAGAUAUCCAAAUUUAAUGGGGAAAAUUUUGAAUUCAAAGUAUUUUUUUAAGUCCUGUCAAGACUGAAUAAUCUAAUUAAUAAAAAAGUUACUUCCAAAAUUUUAAUGAAUACCUGAUUUGGUAACUUUUAAACGAAAAUUCCGCGCAUUCGCCACAAUAUUUUGCCGGAAGUUUUAAGAGAUAACAUAAAUUGCUGGUGAUUUAAAAUUACUUUGGAAAAUUGAGUAUCAUUUUAUAUGAGUUAUUUGAAACAAAAAGUUUUGUUACUAAAAUGUGAAUACAUUGUUUUCUUAUAAACACAAGAACUUUGAAAUGAAUUUUUAUUUAAUGAUACAUAUAAAAUGAUUUUCAGUACAUUUCUAAAUAUUAAUGAUUUUAAUUUAAACGUUGCAAUGCAUUUGUAAAUAGCGUUAGAGAAAGUUUUGAUUUGUGUUUAUAGGGAUGGAUCUAUUCCAAACACAAUUUCUUGUGAUCUUGAAUCCCUAGUUAUUGUAUUAAUCUGAAUUCUGAGCACAAUUUCAAUUAUAAUGCCAGAACUGCUGCUCUAUACUAAACAGUUCUCAUUGUACGUAAAAAGUGAACCAUUCAAACAUUGAACAUUUAAAGUUCCAAUGUUGUUUUUCAUUGAUUACCAGACACAUAGUGUAGAAGAGGGUUUUAGUUUUUGUACCAUCUUCUCCAGUCAAAGCAGGUAGGUGGCACGCUCUUAUGUCUAGGCUAGCAACAGCCUUUAACACUUAUCUCCACCAACUCCAACAGUCGUUUCCCGCAGUAGACUAGACCUAUUGAAUUACCCUUGCACCCCAGAAUCUCAAUAUUAGCAGUUAGUGAAGUACUGCUCCUGGACAUCCAUAAGGUUCCCAGAUUUAUGACUAAAUGGUUUUUGCUGUGUCCAGUGUAGGUUCAAGUGGAAAGUAUAAAUUGGUCAAAAGUAAACCUCCCGGUGAGUUAGUUGUCGUUAGGUUAGGUAAUUGUUGUUGUUUUGAAACCAGGGCUGUACUGAGCUUUGGUGUGCCCUGAAAAAUAUAUUUGGCCGGGCCCUAACACGUUCCACCACUCCGUCAUCCUUUAGCACGGUUCCUUCAAAUAUACGUGUGGCCCGAAAAACCCGGUCUUGUUUUGAACCUAAAUAUUUAUUUAACUAACCUACCGAAAACAUAUGCUAAGUUAUUAGUUGGUGUAAUGUACAGUGAGUUGCUAUACUGUAAUGUGUCACAGUUUGUUGCCAUUUGGUAAUAUUCAUACUUGAGCAACUGUAAUAUAACAUGGCACCAUAUAGUAAAAUGCCAUAGUAAUAGUAAAAUUGGAGAUAGAGUUUUUAGUUCUAAUACCAAAAAGUGAUAUAGACAAAGUCGAAUAAAUUGGCUUUAAGUAAUAGAAUGGCAUUGGUGGUUCUUUAAGUGUUGGAUUGGUAAUGUUUGCUUUAAGAUAUAAUUAAGAAUUACAAAAGAAUCGGUAACACCUAUACUCGGGAAUCAAGGAAUUGGAAUAGACCCAUCUUUAGUAGUCUUUACGAAGAAUUUUUAUUUUUAUAAUAGGCUAUUUUGUAUAGCACUGCUAAAAUAUAUAUACCUACUAUAAGCCUACAUUAUAAAUUUAAUAUUUUUAAAUGUUUUGGAUGUAAUACAUUGAGAUUUAAGUAACUUAUAGCGAAAUUUGUAGAGUUAGAAAAUAUUUGUAUAUAUGCAUAUACUUAUGAAUGUACAAAGUUAUUUUGAACUGAUCAUUGUUAAAAAUGCAAGUAUAUCACAGAUUAUGUUUUAUAUUUGCUUGGGCAAAAUACCUGUGUCAUUGUUAGAUCACUGAAUGAAAAAUCAUGCAUGAAAAUAAUUAUUCCGGUUAGAAAGAAAAUAGAUAUAAGACAGAAACAUUUAUUUAUUUAAGUUAUAUGCAAUCAGCUGUUUACUUCAUUAUUUUAGUUUUGUUAUUUUUAUUGUUUAUCGAGAAAACUCCUGUUUUAUUGAACACUGUUGUUUAAAUAUUCAAAAGUAUACACGUUUGGACGUACAUAUAUCAUAACUAUCUAUAAAUUAAGACAUCUUCCGUAAUUCUAUGACCAAAAAUGAAGGUGUAAAUAUUGCUCUUAUGGGAUAAAACUCAAGGUCAUUUUUACUGCUGGAUCUUAACAUUCUUGUUAUUUUUAAUGCAGAAUUCAAAUCAAUAUCACAAUCAUUAAACAAAUAUUAUUUUCGUAAAGUUGGUUGUAAAACAAUUAUACCUCAUUUCAUACUUAAAGUCUUGUAUACUAGAAAACUUCGGCUCUAUUGCAACUAUAUAAACUCUAGCACAAACUCAAUACCUACACAUAUAGGUAGGAAAAUUAAUUUGUAUUGUUUAUACUCAGAAAAUUAGUUUAUGUUUUUAAACCAAUUAAAAAUUAAAACUACAUUUUUUAUUCGCAUUUCAUCAAUGGCAGAUUUGUAGGAAUAUCCUUUUAUAUCAUCAUCUACUUGAAUGAUUUCCCCAUUAUUUUCAAAGACAUUUAAGAAUUAUAAGGCAUAGUUUAGUUCUUAGUCUAACAAAAUAUCUUGAUACUUGUGUAUCUUAAAACACUUAAUAUCAAAUUAGAAAUUUUUAACUUCCAUUAGUAGUACUCAGAAUUGGAACUAGACCAUAUUUCUAACAGAGAUUUCAAAUGACUAUAAACACAUCAAAAUUUGGGAAACUAUUGAUUUUUACAGGCACAUGCCUACAAGAAGUGUGCAAAAUUUUACUGAACCUAAAAGUGCUUUAGUCUUUACCCAGAAUUUAUGUAGUAAAAGAUUGAUAUUUGCCUUCCUAAACUUGUACUACAACAUCAAGUCCUUAAAGAUUUAUAAUAAUGCCAGUAAAAGUAAACAUCUUGUAGCGAAAGCAGUUUUAUAUUUUUAUACACAAGCUUACUGCUUAUACAAGAGUGACUGAGGGAAAUUAAUGUGGUGUCAAUUAUCCAAGUGCUCGUGUAGUUUUGUAUACAUCAUCUGUAUAUAAGCCUAACUUCUGAAAAAUAUUUUGUAAACAGUACAACUCAAAUCAGUGCUUUCUGUCUUCAAGGUUUCACAUUUGAAGUACAACCUGUGGAUAAACGGAUAAGCGUUCUGAUAAGUAAAGUAGUUUUGGAUAUUUUGUAAAACUUGACAAUAUUUCGUAAUUUUUUUAGGAACGAAACAUCACACUCCUGUUGAAAGCAUUUAUGUACAAUACCAUAGGUUAUGUUUUCCUUACUGCCCACUUUGUUCCCAUCCACGAAUAUUUAUAAUUAAAAUGUUUUGAUAGUUGUGAAA